UCAGUGCGUCUUUACGCGAAUUUACGCACGUGGCGUCACUUAAGACAAAUACUAUUCUGUGGACUUGUACACACAUUCCAGCUGUUCCACGCAGACCGAAGGUUUAUAGGGUGAAGGUAUUUGUAUUAAAGCUUUUCUGGAUGAAUCCUGAGCACCACCGGAGUGUCAUGAGUCUUUAUUAAGAUAAAUCGUCGUUACGAACAAAAUGUGAUUUGGCUGUUUUAGAUGUUGGACUGGAGUUACAAGGUGAACUUUGUGUAAACUCCUGAGUACAUGCAACAAGGCAAGAUUAGAAACAAAUAAAAUGACAUUAUUUUCUGAACUUCGAAUCAAAAUUCCUCGCACAGGCGCGUGCGUGCAUCAUUUGAAUCCAUGGAAACGUUCCGAACGCAUAUAAAAGGCCCGUAACUUCGAUCGGUUCUUUUUUGCACUUGGACUUUGACUAGACUAGUUGUAAAUUGACCUCAACGCUGGAAAGCUCUCAAAAGCCGGACAGCAUCGCAAAAACAACCUUACUGAAGACCAACCUCAGCGGAUUAUCGAGAGAAAAAGAAGAAAAAGAAGAACUUGCCGAAGAAAGCAGCAGUUGGACAGACGCAUACCUGCAGUUUGCAUUCAGAGGACUUGGGACCUCCACUGAUCCAGGGAGACCUCCAGCGUCAGAACUCCGGACGGUUUGAACACACACACCUUCACCACCUACACCAUGCUUUCCCCAUUUGCUCGCCCCUUCUCUCCUCGCUUCUCUUCCGCUCUUUCCCCCUUUGCUCGCCCCUUCUCUCCUCGCUUCUCUUCCGCUCUUUCCCCUUUGCUUCCCCCUUCUCUCCUCGCUUCUCUUCCGCUCUUUCCCCCUUUGCUUCCCCCUUCUCUCCACGCUUCUCUUCCGCUCUUUCCCCCUUUGCUCGCCCCUUCUCUCCUCGCUUCUCUUCCGCUCUUUCCCCCUUUGCUCGCCCCUUCUCUCCUCGCUUCUCUUCCGCUCUUUCCCCCUUUGCUUCCCCCUUCUCUCCACGCUUCUCUUCCGCUCUUUCCCCCUUUGCUCGCCCCUUCUCUCCUCGCUUCUCUUCCGCUCUUUCCCCCUUUGCUCCCACCUUCUCUCCUCUCUCCUCUGCCUCCUCCUCUUCCACCUCUUGCUCCUCCUUCACCCCUCUUCCUCCAGCUUCUCCCCCUUCUCCUCCUUCAUGCCCUGCCCCCUCUCUCUCCCCUUCUCCUCUCUCCCCUCCUCCUCCCCCUCCUUCUCCUCCAUGCUCCUCCUCCUCCCUCCCUUCCUCUCCUCUUCUUCCUCUACCUCUCCCUCCUCCUUCACGCUCCACCACCUCUCUUCUUCCUCUCCCUGCUCCUUCUCCUCCUCUUCUUCCUCUUCCUCUCCCAACUCCUCCUCUCUUCUUCCUCUCCCAACUCCUCAACCUCCUCUCUUCUUCCUCUCCCAACUCCUCCACCUUCUCUCUUCUUCCUCUCCCUCCUCUUCCUCCUCCUCUCUUCUUCCUCUCCCAACUCCUCAAGCUCCUCUCUUCUUCCUCUCCCUCCUCUUCCUCCUCCUCUCUUCUUCCUCUCCCUCUCCCUACUCCUUCACGCUCCUCCCCCUCUCUUCUUCCUCUCCCUACUCCUUCUCCUCCUCUUCUUCCUCUACCUCUCCCUACUCCUUCUCCUCCUCUUCUUCCUCUACCUCUCCUUACUCCUUCUCUUCGUCUUCCUCUACCUCUCCCUACUCCUUCUCCUCCUCUUCUUCCUCUUCCUCUACCUCUCCUUACUCCUUCUCUUCGUCUUCCUCUACCUCUCCCUACUCCUUCUCCUCCUCUUCUUCCUCUUCCUCUACCUCUCCUUACUCCUUCUCUUCGUCUUCCUCUACCUCUCCCUACUCCUUCUCCUCCUCUUCUUCCUCUACCUCUCCUUACUCCUUCUCUUCGUCUUCCUCUACCUCUCCCUACUCCUUCUCCUCUUCUUCCUCUACCUCUCCCUACUCCUUCUCUUCUUCUUUCUCUACCUCUCCCUACUCCUUCACGCUCCUCCACCUCCUCUCUUCUUCCUCUCCCUACUCCUUCUCUUCUUCUUUCUCUACCUCUCCCUACUCCUUCUCUUCGUCUUCCUCUACCUCUCCCUACUCCUUCUCCUCCUCUUCUUCCUCUACCUCUCCUUACUCCUUUCCUUCCUCGUUUUCAUUAAAUUUAAUUGUAUAUUAAAUUUGAUGAAUAUGAGGUUCACGGGGCGCAUUACAGUGGUGGCAUGGUGACAUACAUGUUUUUUGAUUUAGAUUUAGCAUACAAGAAGUCUUUAAUUCUUCCAUAGAAUGUGAUACAUUUUCUGCAAGAUUCUAACACAUUUUCCUGUAGUUUUUUUUUCUCCCCAUCUCCAAGUUCUGAUGACCCCGGGACUCAAAUCAAAAGAAGGAUGAGAAGAAGACCCAACAGAUGAGGCCCAGCUCCAGCAGACACGUGAAGACGAGGAACCGAGCCCACCAGAGACGACCCUUAGAGACGCCAACCAGCCUGCGAUGAGACGACAGGACAACUGUACAAGGAACAGAAUGCACUGCUGCUUCCUGGACACCAAAUGAUUUAAACAGGGAUGGAACAUCGAGGAGAAUAAGUCAUUUUGAAGAAAAGAUGAUGGGAAACAUGUCCAGGACCAGUGCAUGAGAUGUGAGACCAGUCAACUAAUACAAAAGCUCUCUCUCCAAGACACCUGAUAAAAUGUAGAAUCAGAUCAAGACAAGAAACCCGAUAAGGAGCAGCCCCAGCAUGUGAACUCAGACUACGGAAGAGGGGAUGCUUAUUAUAGUGACGCAAAAGGAGGAAGUCGGAGCACAAAGAGAAAACCCCACAGAGACACAGAGAGAACAUGGACAGAAAGAACCAGAUGACCAGCAGACAAAGAAACAGUUCGAGGAGCCUCAGGACGAUCAACAACAGAAGAAACCUGUCAGAGAACUGGAAGAAGAUGACCAACAGCAUCAACCAGAGAAGAAGAAGAGAAGCUCCAGAUUACUCCAAAGGUAUCUCUGGAGCUGGCCUCACCGACCUGCAAAGACUUCAUGCUCCUUCCUUCCUCUGUACCCUCAUCCCAAAUGGAGGUUUUUUUUCAACUUCCUGGCAACAGGAAGUUUUUUUCCUCCACACUGCUACCAAAUGCUUGAUCUGAUCAAACUUCAAUAAGAGAGACUAAAAUAAAAAGUCAAAACAAGG